AUGUUUAGAAGAGCUUUUUCCACCUCCCGUGCCAACCUCGUCAAGUGCUACUUUGACAUCGCGAUCAACGGCGAGAAACAGCCUCGCGUGGUGUUCGACCUGUACGACAAGGUUGUUCCAAAGACUGCCGAGAACUUCAGAGCUCUGUGCACCGGCGAGAAGGGCUUUGGGUACAAAGACUCCAUUUUCCACAGAGUGAUUCCGAAUUUCAUGCUGCAAGGUGGCGACAUCACCCACUUCAACGGAUACGGAGGCAAGUCCAUCUACGGAGGCAAGUUCCCAGACGAGAACUUCCAGAAAAAGCACACCAAGCCGGGUCUUCUCUCCAUGGCCAAUGCCGGUCCUGACACCAACGGGUCGCAGUUCUUCAUAACCACCGUGCCAUGUCCAUGGCUGGACGGCGCCCACGUUGUCUUCGGCGAGGUCGUUGAGGGCUACGACUCCACGGUGAAGAAAAUUGAGUCGUUUGGCUCGCAGAGCGGUCGCACCAGUGCCGAGAUAAAAAUCGUCGAGUCGGGCGAACUGAAGGAGUAG